UCUUUCGCAGCUUUCAUCCAUUUCAAGAUGGCGCCCUGGGAAGAUAACCUUCCGAUCUUCGGCGUCAUGUAUCUUUGAGUAUCGCAUCAAUUUGUCCAACAACAACUGCUUCUCGCUGAUUCAAAGCGUACCCCUACUGUGACAGAUCUUUAUGAUUUAUUCUGAUAAGGAUUUUUUUCUAGGAAUUGGCUACUAAACCGGCCAAGGAUCGCACAUCAUCAAUUUCGGAUCGCUUCGGUUUGAUUUACUACCAUGUUGCCGUCUGUGGGGGUCGUAGAUACGGGCGAAUCGUGCGGAGAGCUGAUCAGUGCGUUAAAAGCAGCAGGUUUUACCGUGAGCAGUCUUUGGGGUUGUACACAACAUCAAGCAAAAACAAUGGCUCAUCGUUACGACAUCGGUUACUCCACGUCAAAAAUCGACGAGUUGUUGCUAAGAGAGGAUGUAGAUUUGGUAGUUAUAUUGUGCCCACCGCACCAGCGAGCAGAGGUAGCUGUCAAAGCACUGUCGAUUGGUAAACAUGUGUUAUGCGAGGCACCAUCAGGACUGAGUCGAGAGGAAGCUGAUAGAAUGGUGUCUGCGGCACAGUACUAUCCCCGCCUCUUGUCAAUCAUGAAGCAUGAGUUAAGAUUUGUGCCGACUUUCAUAAAAAUGAAGCAGUUGAUAGAAGAUGGCUAUUGUGGCCGGUUGCUUGUCUGUGAUUGUCAUCUCGAUAUGGGGUCCUUACUUGGUAUUUCUUACGACUGGACAUGCGAUCAAGCUAUGGGUGGUGGCAUCCUCACAAAGUAUGGCUGCCAUAUUAUUGAUAUUGUAUCAUUUAUGACCAAUCAGAGAGCAGUAUCAGUGAACGGAACCCUCAAGACAUUUAUCACCCAGACAGACACAAUCUCAAGUUUUCGUCAUAUCACGAGUGAUGACUUUUGCACCUUUCAAAUGGUGCUCAGUGAUGGUGCUUUUGUGACUGUUACCUUGAAUAGUCACUCCUCCUCUAGCUCACAGACGAUAACAGUCAAUGGAACAAAUGGGCAAUUAGUGUCUACUAACGAGCGUCUUGUUGGAACUCGUGAUGGGGAAGAAGAGGAGUUUGUAAUUGAUCGGACUGCUAACAUCAAGGAAAUGCCACUCAAUACUUUUCACUUUGGCUUGGAGGCACUCGUGAAGGAGAUCAAGCGAGCAUUUGAGGAGUCAGUGGAUAAAGAAGACAGACGUAAUGCUGACCUGCAGGCGAUAGCAAGCGCUGCAUCCUUUGAAGAUGGUUUAUACACCAGGUCAGUGAUGGAUGCCAUUAUUACAUCAAGCCGUAAGGGAUGCUGGGUGAACAUCCCUCCGUUAUCUAAGUCCUCAAGCGGUCAAGCCCCUAAACGCUCCUCCUCAGAUGCUUACAGUACGUUGCCUGGAAACAUCAACAGCGAGAAGAGUGAAGGAAAGGAGAAGUCAGUCACUCAUCAUAUUAGGCAUAUAACGAUACAGAAGUCAUUUUAGUUUGUCAUGUACAGUGGAAUCAAGAUGACUUGGUUAACUAGAAUUCCUAAUUGACUUAUCAAACUCCUUAGGGAGUAAAUUUUGAGUCAUUUCUACUUACAUAUAACUGUCCUUUGUCUCCUAAGAGCAUUCCAGUUAAAGCUGCAUUGUCACCAAUUUACUUCACUAUUUUUAAUGGAAAACACGAAAAAUAUUUCAAAAUGUUGAAAGAAAUGUGUCUAUUGAAAGUUUCUUUGAGGAUGUGAUUGAUAAUUUAGAGCGGAUGGACCUCUGUCGGACCUCUGGAAGUAAACUGGAGACAAUGUGGCUCUAACAGAGUUCCACUGUAUUGCAAACGGUCCUGUAUUUCAAACAAAAAACAAGAGAAAAUUAAACACCUUUCAUUUUACUGAAUCUAUUAUCCUACUAUUUCUGCACCUCAUAUAAGCGGGGAAUCAUAUAAUUGUUAGAGUAUUUUACAGAAUUAAAUGUUGUUUGCCUUCCUGUCAAAUACAAGGGAUGAAUGAGGCUUGCCAACCCCCCCCCCCCCCCUCCUCAAAUCCCCCAAUACAGAAUUGUCUAGCUAUGGCCAUGAUUAUGACUUACUUGAAGUAAUAUUUAAAGAAAAUACCUAAUAAUACCCUUACUUACACUUAACCAUUCUAUUGUUUUUAGUAAAAAGAAAACAAAUUAUUUAAAUAUAUAAUAAAUACUUAUAUUAUAACCAUCAUCACCAUCAUCAGCAGAGGUGGUCAGAAUGUUUAUAGUGUGAAAUCUCGAUACUCUAUUUAACAUAUUCAGUACAGUAAAAGUACCAUAACAAAAUAAUAGCAGUGUGAGAAGUUGUUUGUGUAACACUUGUAUUAUUUGAACAGUAAAACUGUCAUUACACAGUACUGUAAGUCUAUAGAAUAAAGAAUGGUGAAGUACA